GGACUGCACCUUUUUUACUCGCAAAGAAAUCCUCCGGCUGCACGGCAGAUACCAUGAGAUGGCUCCUCACAUAGUGCCAAUGGACUACACCAACGAGCCAGACGUCACAAUACCAAUACAACUCAUUGUAAACAUGCCAGAGCUCAAGGAGAAUCCAUUCAAAGAGCAAAUAGUGAAGACCUUUUCUGAAGAUGGCGAGGGGAACCUGAGCUUCAAUGACUUUGUGGACAUGUUCUCCGUGCUGAGCGAGAUGGCUCCGCGUGAGCUGAAGGCCAUUUACGCCUUUAAAAUCUACGACUUCAACACGGACAACUACAUCUGCAAGUCGGACCUGGAGAAGACGCUGAACAAGCUGACGCGGGAGGAGCUGGCAGCAGAGGAGGUGACGUUGGUGUGUGAGAAGGUGAUCGAGGAGGCCGACCUGGAUGGUGACGGCAAGCUCAACUACGCAGACUUUGAGAACAUGAUUGGUAGAGCACCCGACUUCCUCAGGUGAGUGGGUCCACGCACGCUAAAGACGGAUGUCCUCAGGUGCCAGAGAGAUUUAUUUCGAGGAU